AUGAGCACGAAAGGUGACAAGAUCGAAAAGAUCAUUUCCCGCCUGCAAGCCCGCAUUGGCGAGGGCCAAUUCUACGAAGCCCAGCAGCAGACUCGCGUCGUAGCAGCUCGAUACACCAGGGCCGCCAACUGGUCUGCAGCCAUCGAUAUUCUCUACAGCGUAGCGCAGUCGCUACUGAAGGCCGGCCAGGGAGGCAGCGGAGGAGACCUGUGUGUCAUGCUGGUGGACACGUACAAACAGGCUGAGCUGAAGCCCGACUCGGCUAGCAAGGGGAAGCUCCUCACCUGUCUACGACUAUUCGAUAGUGAGGAGCCAACGCGAAAGAAGUACAUUGGCGAGAUUAUAACAUGGUCCUCCAAGUACGGCGAAUACCCCGCAGGCGACCCAGAACUUCACCACGUCGCCGGAUCCCUUUACGCAGAAGAGCACGAAACGCAGGAAGCAGAGAAACAUUUGGUAUUAGGCACAAAAGACUCACCCGAGGUGUUGGCACGUAUGGAAUACGAGUGGUACAAGGAGGACGAGUCCCACACGGCGGCCCUGUAUGCCAGUCGAGCCGUUCUACCCUACCUACUCACCGCAAACGUCCGAGCUGCCAACACGGCGUACCGCACAUUCACCAGCUCUCUAAACCAAGACAAGGGCGGCACUCUCGGCGUCCAGGACGUGAGCAGCAACAGCGCCGAUAUCCGCAUAUUUCCCAGCAUUCCGCUCCUGAACUUCCUCGGACUGCUGCUUCUGGCUGUACAACGUGGCAGCGCAGACCUCUACCGACAGUUGACCGCCAAGUACGCUGCACAUAUCAAAGAGCUCGAUAUGUGGCACGAGUCCCUGGAGAUGAUCGCAGAGAUGUACUUUGGCAUCUCGAGACCGCGACAGAGCAACCCGCUCAUGGAUAUGAUGGGCUCUUUCUUCAGGGGAGGGACCGGGGGUGCUCCCGCUGGAGGAGCGAGCAGGCCUGCUGUGAAGGCACCUACGCCUAUGCCCACUGCCGAGGGCCUGGAUUGA